ACACACCGUCCGGAAAAGAUCUCGCAAGGGAAUCACAGACAUGCUGCAGUUCUUUGAACCAGCCUGUAAUUUACAAUCUUCGCUGAUAACCAUUCAAUGAUUCUUGAUCCCAGAUAAAUAGAUCCUCCCAAUUAUCAAUGAGUAUCAGUUCUUCGGAUCCAGUGCGGUCACUAGCAUCAGUGUUCAGUUCAGUGCUUCGAGCUUGUUUUACAAGAUGCAUUCUUCCAUUACUGCUGUUCUUCUGCUAGUUGCCUCUGUAAUGGCACUGUACGUCGUUCAUGUGAACAGUCUACCAACUGGUAUGCCAGUUGAAGACGAUCUCGUUCUUACAGGAGACGAACUCCCUGCUGCAGUGGGUCGUGAAUCGGCUGUAGCGACCGGCAGCCGCGCGAAGCGAGCAACGUGCGACCUGCUCAGCUUCAACAGCAAAUGGGUGACUCCGAACCAUGCCGGUUGCGCGGCUCACUGUUUAAUCAGAGGCAAGAAGGGAGGCAGCUGCAAAAAUGCUAUUUGCUACUGCAGGAACUAAUUCAACAACGUUACUUCAUACCACAAUGAUGAAAUUUAUCCAUGACACCAAAUAUUUCGAAAGCUGUUACUGCUACUCAAAAAGUAAAGUUCUCCAUUCUUCUAGAAUAUCAAUGGAUUAUCAUUCAAAUAGUGAAGUUCUUCAUUCUAGAAUAUGAAUUUUAUUACAUAAUUGAUGAAAUUUAUACUAAUUAUAUGUCAUCAAUACUAUGACAUACUAUGCAAUAAAUAUAGUAAACUGGAAAUUUUUAUGCCCGUGAUAAAAUUUUGCGUACUCUUCCCACUCUUUGAAAUGAGUUAUCCAAAGUAAAUUCAUGACAUCACACUGUUCAGAUACUAAACCACAAAACUCAUUUAUACCGCACGUUAAAUUGGAGUAAAUUCAGUGUUAUCAAUAGAAAUCUAUUUUAAUAUUAUCUAUUUUUAAUGGUCCAUUACCUUUUCAAGUAUUAGGAACCUGGUCUGUUUGUUGCAAAAAAAUGAUAGAAUUCAAAUAACAAUUAUUCAAUAUCUUUGAUACAACUCGUAUCACUCUGAUUUCCAUCUACAGAAGUAUGGAUAGCGAAUGUGAUUUGUGAUUCAAAAAUACCUAAUAUUGGAAAAUUAUUGAAUAUCGAAAAUACUGAAUAUAAUAAAUUCAUUUUUAAAGCAUAUCACUUAUUAUUGUUUGCAAUGUUGCAAACUUGAGGCAUUUUAACUAUUUGCAAUGUUUGAAAUGUUCUUCAAACUUCAUUCUUGAUUUUAUUCAACUGAUCUGGUACCAUUCAAUCCUAAUUGCCAUACAUUCUUCUACUUUCAAUUCUACUACUAAUUUAUUGUUUUCAUGUCUCCUUGAAGAUUUUUUAAUAAGAACUUGUGUGUAUGAUAUUUUAAAAGGCUGAGUAUUAUCUAAUAGUAAACGUAUUUGUAAAAAUAUCAUUUAUAUUUAUUAAUUGUGAAUAAAACCAGUAUUUUACAACCACUAAAUAUAUUUUUCAAUAAAUUUUAUAUUAUAAUUUUUUUCAAUUCAAUUAAAGAGCUCAGUUUUGAA